AAAUCAUCUAGUUCAGUUGCAAAUGUGACACACGCACAGCUGUACAGCUACUUUCGUCUUCGUAGGGAUGAUCCGGCCCUGUGCAUAUCGAAUCUCACUGCUGUAGUGCCCUAUAGGAAGAUUUCGGAGAAAAAUAUUUAAUGCGACCCUGAAAACAGGGGAGGGGCAGUCUGGAGGCGCAAGACAGUGGAUUCCCGGUCAAUAAUCGUAGUGUAGUCAUGUUAUGAGCAUUUUAAGCCAAGGAGUUGUACUUUACAUAAUGUCCGGUCUUCUCUUAAUCCAAUAAACGUGAGUGAAAAUUUCAAGCUUAGACAAAUAUAAAUCGACAAAAGAAAACUCUUUGAAACCGUUUUAAAGAAAGAACUGUUUCUUGUUCGUAGUGAAGUGAUGAUAUAUCCCAGAUAAUUUAAUGUACAUUUUCGAAGUGUCCUCAAUUAUUACAUUAUUGAAGUUAUUUUAAAGGAUUUGGCAUGGAUACCUUUCAAACACCUUAAAGUAUGAAAGACGUAGUCCGUUUUUCAGCUUGGGUAUUUUUAUUUACAAUUGGUUAUACAUCAUGUGUAAAUGUUCAUUUCGAAAACAAAGAUGGUGGUUUCUUCAUAAAGCAGCAAACCCGACAACACUUUUUAACACCUGCAAAUUCAGAAACGCCACCUAAUGCAGCGCCCGGGGAAGGAGUUCCUCUCUCCGUUGAUAAGUUCACAGUAUUCCAAAGAUCGCAGCCGAUAUCGGUCCGAGCAACUUAUGGCCCGUUUAGUACCAAGCAGACAGUACCGGCCAAGUACAUCGUUCCAGAUCCGUUGCCUGUAAAUACCUCAGGACCAAGUAUUGAUCUUCAAGACCAAGCAACUCACCACUUGGACAUGUCGGCUCACAUCGUUCGCAACGAAAUACCCAGGGAUUCCCCGGUACUACGGGUACUCUUUCACACCGGUACAGAUCCUGGAGGCAGACGCCAAGUUCUUCUGGCUAGACAUCACCAAAAGGUUUGCAUCGUACUCCACGCUACUAUGGGUACUAGAACAUCUCUUCAUGCUGCAUGUAGUCCGGAUGGAGAAGACGGAGUUUGUUUGGCUCAGGUUACCAUUCCAGCUUCCUGGUGGCCCCCUCUACCUUCUCCAGACAAAGACGGUCGGCCUGGAAAGUUCACAAAGACUCCUCCGAGACUGAUACAAGUGGCAUACUCUGUCUUGGAACCAUGGCCCGACGAAGGUGAAGGUUGCCAUCCGAAGAUGCAGGUGCAACCGUCGGCAGUAUUGGGAAGCGUGCAGCUAACACCAGCCAAAGGAGCUUACAAGGAGUUGAAGUUGACGGAGGCAGUAACUAUACUAGUACCUCAUCCACCGUUGUUUCCAAUGUCUAGAAUUUAUUUACCUGUCUUUAUUGAUAAGGAGAAAGCAAAAAUGAUGACUGCUAUUGUUGUUAAAGCUCGAAUGAAAAGUGGAGUAAGGUUUUUGGAAGCAGUUCCAACGGAAGGAAUUCCUUGGAAUAUUACCAUUGAUAUUAAUCCUCGUCAUACUAGCGCCACUGUGACUCUCGUCAGAAAGGAACCUCCUGAUGCUGAUAUACCGGUAACACCAGGAGACGUUAUGGAACUCUUCACUUGGCUUAUCGAAAUAUCCGAAGACGCCACUGAAAAUUACGACGGCAGUAAAGUGGUUUGGUCUGCUAGAUUUGAACCUCAUCUGGAGCAGGAAACGGAGAGUGAGAUUCGCAAAGAAAGUAGAAAGUUGAUAUCGCGGUUUGAAAUCCAGAAAGACGACAUUCAAGCAGUUGUUCCCAUUAGCAAGAAUUGGGAAGUCUUAAACACGGCAGUUCUCACUGGUCUUCAAGUUUCCCAGGCUAUGAAAGUGUUUAUAGUGUCUCAAGCAGGAAAAGCAGCUGAUGUCACCUUCCAAUCAUCUUGUCAUUCUGAGGAUGAAAGCGUUUUGAAGGUAUCUUCAUCAUGUGGUUCAGUUUAUGUGGACGGAAGCGAGGCCAGGGGAUCAGUAAAUGGAUCUGUGAUUGUCAAAUACGGAACAUACACUGGUUUAGCUCAAUUUACAGUAUGGAUGCCGGAAUUUCCACUAGAUUUAUCAGUCGCCGACACAAGAUUGUCUCAACUUAAAUCAUGGAGAGUACCAGACUACAAUCCCAUAUUAACAAAAUCCAAAAGAAGACGAAAGAGAUCAUUCGAUACCAACUGGGGUGUAUCAUCAAUCGACGAAACUGGCAACGUCGUAGAAAAACCAGUAUGCCGGUUAAGAUAUCAGCAAACGUCUGUAGAUGUUUACGCCCAUUUCCUUGCUUCGGAUCAUUCCUCUGGCAGAACGACUUACUUAAUAAACAGAAGAACUUACCUUCGUGUUACUGAUCUGGUACUACCUUGGUUAAGAGUCAGCGAUCCCAGGAUUGCCAGUCUUCACGGAAGAGUACUACAAGGAAGAAGUGUUGGCAGAACUGAAGUACAGGUGUUGUCCCCAAUUACGAGCAGAGUAUACGGCUCUAAAGAAGUUAGAGUGGGCAACGACAAAGUAGGAUUAACAAAGCUCUACGUUCAAGUUGUAUCUGGUCUACAGCUCAACAUCUACCCUGAUAGCUCUUUGGAAAACGUUUACGUUGCCGAAACUGGAAUCACUAGAAAAUUAACAGCACAAUACCAGGAGGGUCUUCUAGAUAUUGAAUUAGAGUUCUCAGAUGGUCAAAAAACUCCUCUUCGAGACAUUUCAGACACUGACUAUCAUCUUGUUGUGGAAAGCUUAGACCCUGAAGUAGUAGCUUUUGCGCCUAUGGUUGCUUCACAUCAUCCCAGAGUUAUAGCUGUUGGUGAAGGUAGCGGAGAUCUUUUACAGGUAACACUUCUAUUAGCUGAAGAAUGCAGAAGUAGUGGCAGACCUAAAGUAAAACCGAUUGGACCGUUGGCAUCAGCAGCUGCUACUAUCAACGUUGACUUUAGUACCAUCGAUAUUCAUAGACCGGAUAUACUACAGAACGAUGGCGGUAGUUACGGUUCUUCAAAAGGAAGGGAAUUUUCGGAUCUUCAGGAUAUACUAAAAGGGAAUCAUCCUAUUCAUUCAGAUAACGAUGAACCCAGUGUACAGGCUCGCCAAUUCCAAGGUAAUGGCAAAGGUAUUCUGCGACAACUAUCAACUCACCAUUCAACUCCUUUAGAGAUUAGUAUGUACGUUCUCUUAGCUGUAUUCUGCUGCGCUAUCAUGGUUUUUGUUGUAUCAUGUGUGGUAUACGCUUCCAAGUUCAAACCACUUAAUCCAGCAAUAACUGCAGGAGUGCAGGCAUCAGCCGGACCACCAGCCAAUUUCCUUAUUCACCACGAAACGCAUAAGCCCAAAGAAACGACAACAAAUGCCCACGAUUGGGUAUGGCUUGGUAGAGCUACCAUUGAGCCUCCCAAUCAGUACACUAGCAAUCCAGCAGACAUGCGUAUCAUUACAAAUCCAUUGAAUAUGAAUUAUUGCGAACCAGACGAUUCUCUAAUGUCUAACAGCUUUAGUAAUCCUACACAUAUAGAGCUCCCUGCUUCCUCUAGCCACGCCAAUUCUAGUAGUAGACAGAUAGACAGUCGGACUUAUUCCAAAGGAAAGGGAGAGAAGAUUAGUAUUGGAACUGAAAGUGAUUCAGAUAUACAAGUGUGGAAUAAACCGACUCCACCACCUCCUUUACCAUCACAUUCUCACCACUCUCAGAACAAUGCUCAGAAUGAUGACUACAAACCACCUGUACCGCCUCAUCGAAAUUUGGGUGUUUCAACAGCCUCGUCCGAUUCUCCUCUACCGAAAAAACCACAUCAUCACCACCACCAUAGAAACAAGAACCAAGAAAAGUCACACUACCAUAGGCUAUCGAACGAGCUCAUUCCUUUAAAAUCUCAGGCCGCGGUUCCAAAGAAGAGAGUCGAAAAUUGUACAGAGAAAGAUAUGUUCGAAUUUGAUGAUGAACCUAAAGCACAAUCUAGAAAGGAUGAUAAUGUGGAAUUUGUACAGUAUUCAAAUAGUCCAAGUAAUAGGAACAGCGCUGAGGUAAAAACAGCCACUAUAGUUGGUAAUCCAAUGUUCAAUGCAGAUAAAAAUGACAAUGAAACCAGUAAAUCCGUGGAGCUUCCAGGCUUAGAUGAUUUACAGCUUGAUAUGGAUUACGAUCAGAUUAUGCAAUAUUUUGAGAAUCUGAAGGAAUCGAAUGCCUGAGUAGAAGAGAUCAUUGCAAAGAUCCAUGGCAUUUUGCUGUCAUUUAGCGAGCAAUAUAAAGUCGCAGCUCUCAGCGAACACCCAUACAUUUCCGCCUCCAAUCCGACAUGUAGCUUUGACUAUUUCUUCGAUUACGUCAGCGAAUCGUACGCUUAAAUCGCCAUUUGUGUACCUUAAUGCACAAGACUGACUUAAAUCAAGGUUUAUUUUAUUCUCGAGGAAAAGUAAGUCAAUGCCCGACAAUUAUUUUAUACUUGUAUCACGAUAUUGAAGUAUGUAGUUAAAAUUUUCAACUUUAUAUAACAGUCGUUACGUUCGCAACUAUAUAUAGUAAUAUUUGCUUUGAUUGGUGCGACUACUUUUUGCUUAAGAAUAUUCUUAAAAAGAUAAUAACUACUAAUGUCCGCCAAAUUUGAGUUGUAAUAAUAGUAAUCGAGUAGAAAGGAAAAAUAAAAAGAGGUUUUAUUAUCAAAUAUUCGUUGGUACGACGCAACUAUUAAAAUUAUUGUGAGCCUCAUUACUAAAGCUAUAAGUUAGAUCGAAAUUUAAUGUUUAGAAAGGAAAAUAGGGAACUUGCACAUAAAAAUAUUUUUGCAUAAAAUUGUUUAUUAAUGUUUAAAAAUGUUAUAUUCAAAAUAUUACAUCUUAACAAUGAAUAGUGUACGUACAACAACUGAUAAUAGUUCCGCGCCCAAAAUUUCCGUUUCAAACAACUGCAGAGCGCGAGCUGGGGUCUGACGUCACCAACCACAGUGUUAUCGUUCUUCCGUUCGGUGAGCUAUAUAUUUUAUCAAAAUGGAAAACAAAUCUACGCAAUAUAAGAACUAUAUAGUGCCGGAAUGCCAAAGUACAAUUGUCAGAACAUCCAACAAAUAUUUUUUUACUCUACCAGUAGAACCAAAAACGUCGAUUGAAAUGGCUAAAGGCCUGCAGGCGAAAUAAAAAGGAUAUUUCACAAAGUAGCAAAGGUCUUUAUGUCUGUGAGGAUCAUUUCGAUGUGAGUAUUUAUCUAGUUAGGUACCUAAUACUAAUAAGACAUUGAUCCUGACCAAUAAAAAAUAUUAGUUAGUUGUCGUCUCAUGAAAUGUGCCUACUUAAACUUGUUGCAGUUGGAACAAGACAUGAUAACUAUAUAAAUUCAAUAUUAUGGGUGGUCCCAAAAUUAUCAAGUCAGGUGUUGUCCCGCAUUUAUUUGAUUAUUAACCAGAUAGAAAACGAACUUUUUCUGAGCCCAUGAGGGAAGCAGCCCUCAAAAGGGUUAAACGUCAGCUUCUUGAAGAUGCCGCUUCCACAUAUAACUCUGUUCUAGAUUAAGAUAAAGGUGUUCAGUGUAAAUUCCAAAGGAGUGUUACAGUCGGGUUAUCGACAUUGAAAAUACAUAAUAAGGAUGCACGAACUUCACCUAUAAAAGACUUGCAAACAUUAUUUGAAGAUACAAAAAGUGAAUCAGGACGUUCUGUAUUUGAAGAUAAUAGUGAAUAUAAUGGUAGUGAUGACUAUUGGUAAAAUUAAAUUGAUUCUUCUUGUGAUGAAGAUGCGAAAAAGAGGAAGCAAAACAAUUUAAAAUGUUGUCUCUGAAGUCUACAGUGAUGAAGUUACAAUACAGACCUAGAUUUUAUACGUUUCAAUUAAUAGAAAUAUAUUGUAAAACACAAACAAUGCAUCUAUUUUUAACUCUAAAAAGAACAGGACACACAUUGGAGAUGAUUUACUAAGCCAGCCGCUGAGAGAUUUACUAAGCUUUCCCUAUCACGGCUGGAUACAACCACUCAGCCGAUUUCUGCUGACCGCCAGCCGCUAUGGUCGUCCGAACGCACCCAAUGCUUCGAGAAUAUUUGCAAAAUCUGUUACAUUAAUUAGUAAAUAUUUAAGAUCUUGUAUUUUUAAUCCCCAAGUUGGUGCAGUUAAAUUAAACUUACCCUUAGCAUUUCAAUUAGAGACGAUUAAAAUGUACUAUACAAUCUCCAGAAUAGCCUAAUCGCUUUCUUUUGAAAAACCCUCGUGAAUAAUAGUAUCUACAUAUGCGUUUUAAGCACUUUAGAAGGUCAUCAUCAUCAAUGGCGCUACAACUCUUCGCAAGUCUUUGCCGCGUUUACUGUUGCCUUUCAUGUUUGUCGGUCCUGUGCCACUAAUUCCCAUUGUCGCACUCCCAUUUUCUCUAGAUCUUCUUUGACUGCAUUUUUCCACCUUUUUAGAAGGUACCAAUUUCUAAUUAUAAAUUUCACUUUGAAACUAAAUAAACUGAUUGUAAAAUUAUGGAAGAAUACAAAAAUAAUAUCUGGUAAUUUCCAAUUAAAUACGAUUAAAAUGUUAUAUACAAUUCCCGUAAUACUCUAAUCGCGUUAAACCGGGCUUGACUCGUAGCCCGGUUGCGGUCCGUGACGUCAGACCAAUAGAAGGGCAUUCAAGCGCCUUCUAAAAAAUUUGAAUUUUAUAGCAUUUUCAAAGCCUCGUAAUAAGCGUAUGGGUUAAAAAUAUUUGUUUUUUUAUACAUGCAAGCGUUUUAAGAUCAUGUUACCUUAUGUUUUUUAAUAUUAUUUUAAUAUUUAAAAAUUUAUGCAAGUUCCCUAUUACAUAUUAUCUGUGGUCUAAUAGGUAAGUAACAUCCAUGGCCGAUUAGGGCGCUGCGAUCUAAAAACAAUUUUCGAUCUCUCAUUAAACAUUAUUAUUUGAGAAAUAAAUCGGCGAUGGAAACAAAAGAAAAUCUGGAUAAAUAUUAUAUGGACUAAUGCUCCUUCAUACUACACUGUCAAAUUUUGCUCCAUGAAUUUAGUAAUGGCCGUAAAUCUACAUUAGAUGAACCACGUAAUGGAUGGCCCACCGAUGUAGUUACACUGGAAAAUGUGAAGAAAAUCCAGGAAAUGGUUCUAGCUGAUCGUAAAGUGAAGGUGCGUGAAUUGGAAGAGGCCACAAGAAUUAGUAAAGAGAGUACUACUCAUAUUUAGAACAAAGUUUUGAAUAUGGAAAAAUUAUCCUGCCAAUGAGUGCCGAGUUUGCUGACCAUUGACCAAAGACAUGAUCAUGUGAUCACUUCUCAGCAGUGCUUGGACUUUAUAAAGAGCAAUCCGUCGGACUUUUGGCAUCGAUUGGUAACCAUUCAUGAAACCUAGAUUCGCUACUACACACUAGAGAGUAGAAUGAACGCACGGCAGUGGACUGAAGCCGCCAAAAGUGCUCCGCAGCAGAUUAAUGGGUCGGAAAGGUCAUGGACACUGUAUUUCUGAUCGCAAAUGCAUAAUUUUAAUUGACUAUCUUGACAAUCUUAGAAAGCGAGUACUAAAAUGUUAUGUAUUUUCUGUUCUUUUGUGUGGUGUGGAGACAUGGACUCUCAAUAAACAAUGCCUCAAUAGAUUCCAAGCAUUUGAGAUGUGGACGUAUCGAAGAAUGCUGAGAAUCUCCUGGACAGACAGAAUAACCAAUGAGGAAGUACUAAGGAGAAUACAGAACAGCAGGGAGAUACUGAAUUCCAUCAAAAUAAGAAAACUUCAAUACUUGGGUCAUAUAACACGUGGUGACAGAUAUGAACGAACUCCUGAAAUUAAUUAUGCAGGGAAAGAUUCAAGGAAGGCGCAGCAUAGGUAGGAGAAAAAUGUCCUGGCUGAGAAAUCUCAGAGAAUGGUUUGGAUGCAGCUCAACUGAACUCUUUCGGGCUGUAGUAUCAAAAGUGAGAAUAGCAAUGAUGAUUGCCAACCUUCGUCGCGGAGAUGGCACGUAAAGAAGAAGAAGAAAGGUAAAACUAUCAAUAGCCAAUAUUAUUGUGGAUUAGUGGACAAACUGAAGCAGGAACUUAUGAGUGCCUAGUGAGAAAAGGCCUCAUAUGCCGAAGAAUAAAGUGUUGUUUCUCCAAGACAAUGCACCGCCUCACAAGAGCGUUGUGAAAAUGGCAAAACUCGUCCAGCUUAUUCUCCUAAUUUGGCCCCCUCCGAUUAUUACGUGUUCAUAAAUCUGAAGCCAUGGUAGCCUAAUAAAAUAAAAAAAAAGUCAAAAUGUAAAUUCGUACAGCUUAAAACAAAUUUUAUAUCAAAGUUUAGGUGGGUACAAAAGAUAUUUU